GGUGAACCUUUCAUUUCACGAAGCAGUGAUUGUGAUAGUCUUAUCAUUCCCGUCUGAUCCGUCUGAUGCUCGUUGCGUCCGUCCUCGUCGUAUCUAACCGGAAUUUUAAAAUCAUAAUAAUAAUAUUAUUAUUAAAAUACAUUAAUAGUAUUACACCUUAAGUUAUUUAAUUUUUACCGUCGAUGGUAAAAAUGAAACAACGAAUACAACACAACCGAUCAUACUACUUCACUACACUGUGAAUUAUAUGUGAACGUCGAACAUGAAGAUUUGUAUUCUAUCUCCAUUAAAAUUUUCGACUGUAUAUACAAAAACUAAAAAUUAUACUUAUUGCUCAGAUAAUGGUUUACAACUUUUGUUUGGCGUUAAGGAGCCUGUCAUAUUGUCAACUACAAAACCGGCAUAGCACCGUGGACGUGCAUUCAACGGAUGAGCCACUGUUUGAUCCGUGUCCAUCGUUUUGGGGCUUUUGCGUUUCACGUACGUUCAGCAGGAGACACGCCAAAAAAUAGCUGUCAAAGUGACCGAAAUAGUCAAAUUUGAAAUGGCGAUCGACGUGGUGCGGACGUUUCGACAGAAAUUCAUCGCCGUGUGUCGGAAACUGGGCAUCGGCGUGUGUUUGCGCACCGUCAUUUUGAUAUUUUGUCUCACGUUCUUCUGGGUACAGAUGCACAUGUCUGACGUGGCCGACAAUGAAACGUUACAGAUACUGGCCAAGCCGGACGGACUGCUGGACGCUAAUGAUUCUAUGCUCCAACUGGUUCCACAGCAUUUGCACAAGUACUUGGUGGCGUUACCUCAGCGUGACCGUCCGCACCAGGCCAUAUUACCCGGAAAUGCCAGUGAACAGGUUGCGACGGCAGUCAGUCUGAAUGCAUCUGAAAUACGACGUCUGAUCGAUCAGCAAAAUUCCAAACAGAUCGUGCUCAACGAAGAUGUGUUUGGCCCGUUACAAAACGAUUCUCUAGUCAUUGUCAUACAAGUCCACACUCGUAUUAUGUAUCUUCGGCACACUAUAGUGAGUCUGGCAAGGGCGCGAGGCAUUGAAAAUGCAUUGCUAAUAUUCAGUCACGACCAUUAUGACGAACAAAUAAACGAGCUGAUACAGAUGAUAGACUUUUGCAAAACCAUGCAGAUAUUUUAUCCGUAUUCUAUACAAACGCAUCCGGUUUCAUUUCCUGGUGAAUCUCCGGAAGACUGCCCCAGAGACAUUACCAAAUCAGAUGCGAUUAAACGAAAGUGUACCAACGCCAUGCAUCCGGAUCAAUACGGCCAUUAUCGAGAGGCGAAAUUCACCCAAACCAAACACCAUUGGUGGUGGAAAGCAAACAGAGUGUUCAAUGAGUUGGACGUCGUCAGUAAUUACUCAGGCCCGAUUUUAUUUUUGGAAGACGACCAUUAUGUAGCAGAAGAUUUCAUAUACAUGUUAAAGUUGAUGGAAAAAUCGUGUAGCGUGACGUGCCCACAGUGCAGUAUAUUGUCGUUAGGGACAUACUUGAAAACUUACAAUUUUUAUGGAGAAGCAAAGAAGGAUAUUUUAAGGGUAAUACGUCGACAGCAAAUAUUUGCUGCAGAAUUAACACCGCCGUCUUGGAGUUUUAAAAUAGUUCCUUCAUUUUCACAUUAUGAUAAGGCCGAAAUUUCUCAAUGGAUUAGCAGCAAGCAUAAUAUGGGUAUGGCGUAUAAUAGAACUGUUUGGAAACAGUUUGUUGACUGUGCUGACACAUUUUGCAAGUAUGAUGAUUACAACUGGGAUUGGAGUUUGCAGAGUGUAUCCAAUAAUUGUCUUAGCCACGAAUUUAAAGUGUUUGUACUCAAAGCUCCUAGAGUAUUUCAUAUUGGUGAAUGUGGUGUUCAUCAUAAAAAAAGUUGUUUUGAUAUGGCACUCAUAGCUAAAGUUCAAAAACUGCUUAGUUCGGUGUACAAAUAUCUAUAUCCAGAGAAGUUGGAAGUAACCUAUACUCCAAUCAAAAAAAAGGUACUACGCAAAGGAAAUGGCGGAUGGGGUGAUGUGCGUGACCAUGAACUAUGUUUGCGAAUGGUAAACCGCCAAUGGUGACAUUUGGCACCUAGUAUUUAAUAUUUAUUAUAUUAAAGAAAUAGAUCAAGUUCCUAUAUUAUGGAGUAUAGACCUCCUAAACGUGUAGACAUAAUAUGCAAUACUGUAAUAUUGUAAUAGGUAUGUAUUAUUGUGUCUAUGCUUGAACCAAGUCUUAUUUAUUGUAUUGUUUUUAUUAUUAUUAUUAUUAUUACCUAUUUAUUUUUGUUCAGUUAUUAUUUUUUUAUUGGGUGAAAUUUGAUUUUUAUGUAAUGCGUUGCCAUAAUUGCGCUCAAGAGUUUUUAUUUUUUUGUAGUAAGGCAACUAUUAUAAGUUAUAUUUAAGGCUCGAUAACUAAUACAUUAUUUAUAUAUUAAUGUAUUUAUAAUAUUUUUUAAACAUCACUGUUGGUUUUAUUUGAUGUGAAUUUAUAUACCACAGUGAUUUUUGAAAUAUACUGUUGGAAUAACUAAUAAGUUUUAUAUUGACACAAAAAAUAAAUACUUAAUUUUUAUCCAAUUUACCAUACCAAUUUUUGUAUGGUUUUCAGAGUUCUUCAAUGAAGUAUAUCUUAUUAUGUUAUAUUAAAUAUGUAUUUUGUAUUUCAUAAUUAUUUAGCUUCAGCAUUCCAUUAUCUAUUAAACAUAUUAUUAGAACAUAAUAGGAUAAAAAUUUAAAUUAAAAUGUGCAACUCUGAGAUUAACUUUCUAGUCAUUUUAAGUCAAUAUUUAACUAUUAGUUGCCUUCAUUUUCCAACUAUCAAUAGUCAUUAGGUUAAGUUUCAAAUGCAAUUGUAAUAUAAAAGAAUUACAUGAAAAUAAAUGUGUGAAUUCCCUUUAUCUUAUUAUUAUUAUAUAUAUAUAUUAUAUAUAUCAUAUAUUACUUUCCAAUUUAGAUGUACUUGGAAAAAAUUACUCAAAUCUCUAAAUCAAAAAAAAAAAAAAAAAUCAUCUGUAAAUUCAAACAAAUUUCAUAUAAAAAUAGGUGUUGCUUAAAAUGUAUGUUAUUUAGUAUAACAGGAUCUAUAAUAACUAUAAAAUAAUUAUUUCUGAAGCAAUUUUAGUUAUAGUCUCCGACCUCUUGUCUGUUCUAUUAAUCCUUAUUUAUUUUAUAUUUCAUUAUAUAGAUAAUAUGUCUUAGUUACGGACUAUGAGCGACAUGCGUAUGACAUAACUACAUAAUACACUAGAUUCUAAAAAUACAAGAUUAAUAUUUAUUAAAGGUUAUAUUUCUAUUAUACUUUAUUUACAUCAACACAAUAUUAACAUCUAACGAUGCAGUUUUAUCUUGGUAUUUUAAAAUAUUAAAUAAUUUUUUAACAGAAA